UGAACGAUGGUGCAGAGGAGAUGCUGGAUAGGGCUCUGGUGGUAUCAGAGCGGCAGACGGGGGCCUCGAUGAUGGAGCAAUUGGUGCCGGAGAUUACGACUCAUGCGCUGAGUUACUUGGAUUAUCCGAGUCUGUGCCGGCUUUCGAUGACCAAUUCGUUAAUGUGGAAGGCUGCGAAUGAUGAUAAUGCAUGGAAAGCGCUCUAUCACAAGAAAAAGAGUUGGAAUUACAAAGGCAAACUAAUGCUAGAAAGUGCUCAAGCCUUCAUAGAGGUUGAAAUAUGAAUAUAACUGUAAGACCCGAGAUUUGGAUAUAUCAAGAGUCAGAGUUCAUGAACCUUGAUUACCACAUCCUUAUCAAGAUCUAGAUGGAUUGCAUCAAAUAAA